UGGCGGAUGUAAACGAAGCAUUUUACGGUUUAAUGAACGGGCGGCGAUGGCGGCGGCGCGCGGCGCGAGCACUCUGCGCAGUCGGCAUCGAGCUCCAAGCGGCGCGCGCGCAACUACGCGUUACGACAGUGAAAGGCCGCAUGACUCACACCAAAACCAGUCAUGACCGAGUACGCUGAAUACGACUGGAAACUGCAUCAAAUGCAAAAUGAGCGGCUUUGCGAGGCGGCCAGGAAGCGGCUCACGGAUGGCGACAGACAGCGCGCCCUCGUCGCACUCAAAGACACUGUGGAUUCCAGUCUCAACCUCGCCCUACGUGACAAAAGUCGAUGUCAAGACGACAAUUUUUUGCGGCGGUUUCUAUACGCGAGGAAACACGAUGUGCAACAAAGUUUUGAACUAUUAGUGCGUUAUCAUCAGCAUCGACGCGAACAUCCGGAACUGUGGGCGACAGCAGAUGGCGGCGUGCUGCGCGCGCUUGCCGAUGGCCUUCCCGGCGUGCUGGCCGAACGGGACAGGCGCGGCCGCUGCGUGCUGCUCAUGUUCGCCUCCAACUGGGUCCCACACGCCUGUCCCCUGCUCUCUGUCUUCCGAGCCCUACUGCUCACUGUGGAACGCACUCUUGAAAAUGUACAAAAUCAAGCAAACGGUUAUGUGAUUAUCGUCGAUUGGACUGAAUUUACUUUUAAACAAUCAUGCAGUUUACAAGCUAAGGUGCUAAAAAUGAUGAUCGACUGUCUACAAGACUGUAUGCCGAUUCGGUUUAAGAGCAUACAUUUCAUCGGUCAACCUUGGUACGUGGAGACCGCGCUUGCAGUUAUAAAACCUUAUUUAAAAGCAAAAACGAGAGAGCGCAUAGUGCUACAUGGAAACAAUUUAUCAACAUUGCAUGAUGCUUUACCGCUUGAUAUACUGCCCGCGGAAUUGGGGGGAGAAGGACCAUCGUACAACUCGGAACGUUGGCUACAAGAGUUCUGCCGAAGUGAAAACAUUAACCCCGCUCCGGUGACACCGGUUACGACAGCUGCAUCCGACGAUAACGAUCUACCUUCAGCGAAACUAGACAAAGCUUACAAACAAAAGGAUAACGCAAACUUCUCGUUUAAUGGGAGCGAGAAAAGUGCGAAAUCAGAGUUGUUGCGGGAUAAAGACUGACCGUACCGGACGCAGUGAUCGCAACGUGGUUAUUAUGGACAGCUCCGUCCCUGAGCACGCCACCGGAAUAUCGGAGCAUUUUACGUGCUACGGUAUGCAUUUUGUGAUAACGAGUGAAUUGUGUUAAUUUAUGAUCUAGAACUAGAGACUGCUUAGAGUAGUGUAAACAGCUUGUUAGAAACGUUAGGGAUAUAAUGAAGUACACAUUAAGGGCUGAAGUGCAUUUAUAAGGCCUCGGGCUACCGGCUAGGGUGACGACUUACUGUACUGUCGAUAUCUGCGGGCAUUCAAUUAAAGUCAGGCAUAAUGGGAGGCGAUAAGGUCGGCGCAUCCUCUGCGUCCGGCGGGCAAAAGGUAACGGUGCUCAGCUCUCGUUUCGAAGCAUCUGUAUGGAUCAUGGUCGCACACGAUGCAACUAGCUCCAUCUGUAUUCACUUCGCAUAUUCAUUGUACAUUUACAAAUGAACUUUGAUUAACCAGUACUUGUAAAUUAAAAAUAUCUCAAUUAUUAUAAGACUCUCAUAGUUACUCCUAAGUCGUUAGGUUUGUAGAUAGACGCUUUAAUCAUGUGAGGCUUACAGCGCAUUUACCUAUUAUGUUUAAGUCUAUGUUUGCAAAAUAUUCGUUUCUGAUGCGUUUAUUAUAAUAAUAAGUGUCCAUUGUUGGAGUAAGUGGCGAGAUGGCAUGUGUGUCUGUGAGCGUGUGUGACGAGUGACGACAGCGCAGUAUUAAGUUAUUACAUAUUAGUAAAAUAUGUGCUAGCUAAAAAUAAACAUAGAGACAUGAACUCGUUUUUGUACCGUCCAUAUGCAUGUUUAUUAUCUAUUAUUCUCUUGCUAAUCAAUUCAUUUUGCUCUCUCGUAUCUACUUAUUUAUUUCAUUACUUUAAGACUCAGUCUGCUUGUAUAAUUAUAAUCUAGGUGUACAUAAUUUAAAAUGGUUAUUUUAUGAUUAUUAUAUUGCUUGACCAGUUUCUAUCACAUUUGUGAAUUGUAAUAUUGUGACUGAAACGUUUAGAAUUGAUAUUAUUGAAAUAAAUAUAUAUAAAAAAAAAACUCUAAAAUUGCUGUCUUUACCUAUGCAUUUAUGCUUUCCAAAAAUAACUUACGGAUUUCAAGUUGAGUCACGAACUAGCAAUGAGUUAACUAAAUAAAGAGCUUGUUGUUUGGAAAAAUAAUCAUUUGUCAUGAUGUAUCUAAUAGCAAUAAUCAGUUAUAGAACAUGACUUACGAAAUAAACUAUAACAACACAAA